AAAAUCUCCCCUUCCUUCCUCCUUCAAUUCACCCCAAUCCCAACCAACCAUGGCUUCAUCCUCCUCCUCACCCGCUGCCUUCUUCUCACUCCUUAUCCUACUCGCCGCCGCCGCUCUCUUAUUCACUCCCGUUCUCUCCGCUUCUCCGACCGCCACCACGCAGCUCCUCGAUGUCUCCGCCGCCAUCCGGAAGACUCUCCACGCGCUGUCCCCCGGCAUCAAGCCCCCGACCCGAGCUUCAAACACUUCCUCCUUCUCCCUGUCUGUUCACCCGCGCGGAUCUGUCCUGGGGCGCCACCCGCACCGGAACUACGGCGAUCUCACGGCGGCGCGCCUCGCUCGCGACGCCGCGCGCGCGGCCGCACUCGAUUCCAAGCUCCGCCUCGCGGUUUCCGGCUUGAGUCGGUCGGAUCUCGAGCCGGUUCGGCCGGAGGAUCUGGAGAGUCCGGUGACGUCCGGGGUGAGUCAGGGCAGCGGGGAGUACUUUGCCCGGCUCGGCGUCGGUCAGCCCGCGAAGGAUUUCUAUAUGGUGAUCGAUACGGGCAGUGAUGUGACGUGGCUUCAGUGUGACCCCUGCACCGACUGCUACAAUCAGGCCGACCCGGUUUUCAACCCGGCCCAGUCUUCGUCCUUCCGGCGGGUCCCCUGCCAGGACCCACAGUGCUCCGCCCUCGAAGUCUCCUCCUGCGGCAGAGACUCCUGCCUUUACCAGGUCUCUUACGGCGACGGCUCCUUUACCGUCGGCGACCUCGCAACGGAAACCGUGACUUUCGGGAAGUCCACGGUACCCAACGUCGCGAUCGGUUGCGGACACGAUAACGAGGGCCUUUUCGUCGGCGCCGCGGGGCUGAUCGCGCUCGGCGGCGGCUCCGUCUCGCUGCCGUCCCAAAUUAAAGCGUCGUCUUUCUCGUACUGCCUCGUGGACCGCGAUUCCGGCUCGUCGUCCACUCUCGAGUUCAACACGGACCAGCCCGGUGACUCGGUGACGGCGCCGAUGCUCCGGAAUUCGAGAAUCAACACCUUCUUCUACGUGGGGAUCACCGGGAUCAGCGUCGCGGGGGACACGCUGUCAAUCCCACCCUCCGUCUUCCAGAUCGACGGAAGCGGAAACGGCGGAAUCAUCGUCGACUCCGGCACCGCCGUGACCAGGCUCCAGUCCGCCGCCUACGAAGCCCUUCGCGACUCGUUCAAGGAGCACACUCAGAACCUGCCGUCGUCCGGAGAUUUCGCCAUCUUCGACACCUGCUACGACUUGUCGUCGAGGAGCAAAGUCUCCGUCCCGACGAUCGCGUUCCAUUUCUACGGCGAGAAAUCGCUGAUGCUUCACCCGAAGAACUAUCUGAUCCCGGUGGACUCGUCGGGAAAGUUCUGCCUGGCCUUCGCCCCGACGUCGGGGUCGCUGUCAAUAAUCGGUAACAUCCAGCAGCAGGGGACACGUGUCAGUUAUGACCUGGCCAACAAACAGGUCGGGUUCAGUCCCGAUAAAUGUUAACUACUCCGUAUAUAGUUACUCCGUAGUAGAAUAGAAUUGCUACAUUAUUUAGGAGGGAAAAGUUAAGUGGCAAUUUCGAUAUUUAUUCAUUUUUAGAAGAAUUUAAAAAAAAAUGCCUUUGACUUUGGCAAGAAAAAAAAAAUAAAAAUAAAGAUAGGCGUGGCGUACUGGUAAAAUAUUAAAUUAAGUAUGGUAUGUUCGGUUUACAGAAAAAAUAAUUUAUUACUAUGUGGUGUCUGUCUUGUUUAUACUUUAUACGGAGUAACUUUGAUAAAAUCACUUGUAAAUUAUCAUCUCGUUUUUCAUUCGUGUUUAUGUUAAAAUCAUCUCUUACUUCCUUCUCUUUAUAAGUGUUUACAAUUUGUAUUUAUUGUAUGGAGUGUCAUUUUUUAUCUCAAAACAAGUGCUAGAUUAUUCGUCUAUUUUAAUUUUUCAAGUUGAACAAAUUUUAAUUGUCAAU